AUGUCCUACUACUUCACCAUCCUCUCACCAACCGACACCCCCAUAUUCAACAUCGCCUUCGGCACCUCCAAAGGCGGCGGCGAUGGCAUUGCCCGCUUCCGAUUCCCCGACACCGCCCAAUACAUGAACCAAUUCAUCAUCCACUCCAGUCUAGACAUCCUCGAAGAAGCGCAGUGGACGAACGGUGGAAUCGGCGCCCGCUUCCUCCUCCUCCACCAACCGCCCCAACUCCCAUCAAGCGGCAGUUCCAGCACCCUAGGCGCGUCAUCGUUACUGGGUUCUUCGGGGUCAACGACGCGCGCUUCGUCGAGUAGUGUUGCGGCUAAUCCUACUUCUCCGCAGACGGAGGAGGCGGUGCGUCAGUUUAUGAGUGAGGUUUAUGAGAGCUUUGUUAAGACGGCUAUGUCGCCGUUUUAUAAGCAGGGGAUGGAGAUUCGGAGUCCGGUUUUUAGGUCCAAGAUUACGGCGGCUGGGAAAAAGUGGUUGUGA